CAUGGCGGAUGGAGAGCGCUCCCCUUUACUCUCAGAUCUUGGAGAUGGAGCUGCGGGCAGCGGAAACGGCGGUCUUUCCCCUGGACCGAGUCCGUAUUCACAACCCAACAAACCACAGAGUUUUCCGACAUUUCCAAGUUCAUCUCAGCCCUCUGUGCUUUUGGGUGAGGAUCCUCCACCCUACUCUCCCUUAACGUCACCAGAGAGUGGCAGUGCGCCCAUGAUCAGCUGCCGCGUAUGCCAGUCUCUUAUCAGUGUCGAGGGCAAGAUCCACCAACAUGUAGUCAAGUGCGGUGUCUGCAAUGAAGCCACACCCAUAAAGAAUGCUCCAGCAGGAAAGAAGUAUGUGCGUUGUCCCUGUAACUGUCUGCUCAUCUGCAAGGUCACAUCUCAGCGCAUUGCCUGCCCUCGUCCGUACUGUAAAAGGAUUAUUAAUUUGGGACCAGUGCACCCUGGUCCAGCUAGUCCAGACCCACAACCAACUGGAGCCAGAGUGUCUUGUGGCCACUGCAACAACACCUUUCUGUGGACAGAGUUUACAGAUAGGACACUGGCCCGAUGUCCCCACUGCAGAAAAGUCUCCUCAAUUGGCCAGAGGUACCCAAGGAGGCGGAGCCUGUGGUGUUUCCUGCUUUGCUUGAUUUUUAGCAUCUCAGCUGCUGGACUGAUUGCAGGCACAUGGUCCCAGGCACAUGUGUACAGAGGGAUCUACGCCGCUUGGGCGGCUGUGCUGCUCCUGGUGGUGGUGACUCUGGCUAGAGCGCUCUACUGGAGCUGCCUACGGGUCAGCCAGCCCUUGCAGAAUUUCACAUAGAGAAUGAGAGAGAGAGAGAGCAAAGAAAAAGAGGAAGAAAAGGCAUGGGGGCAGAAAGAGGGUGAUAAGGUUUGAUGGAUUUAAUAGGGUUUCAAAUAAGUCCUACUGAUGGUGACAUUGGGUAUAAUUGAGAGUAGCAUGAAGAAGUGAAGAAAAUGAAGAAAGCAUGUAAUAGGGUGGAGUAAAUGUGACUAAUGAAAGAGAUUAAAUAGGGGUGGAAGGAAAUUUAUGAGCUAAUGAAGGUAUUGGAGUGUUUGUUUUAAGCAAAAAUGUAUUUAACUGAAUGUUGGACGUGUUGGAGGUGUGCAAACCUGCUGACUUUACACUAAACCAAUAUCAACUUUCUCUGAACAUUUCGAUCUGGCACAUUCAACAAAAACACAUUUCAUUGGUAAUUGUAGUAGCUUUGUAGCUCAUUUGGCAUAGGUUAUAUAAACUACCUGGCACUCAUAAACCCUCUAAUCCAAGGACCGUGUUGACUACAUAACUGGCGAUCUGGCUGAACACGAGAGGAUUAGAGGUGUUGCAUAAUAUUUUGUCUUGACUGAUUAAUUGUGUUUCGGCAUUAAUGUAAAUGUAAUGUGGGGUCAUAUGUUAGCAUUACCGUCAUUGUAAAUGCUGCUGGUAUCAAAGCAUCUGCAGUCCAAAGCAUCAAAAAGCCUUACAGAAAGACAAUAGGGGCUCUGCUUCCACAUGGACAAGCAAAUGCACAAUAUUAGCUUUUGUAAUACCAUAUAGACACAUACUUAACUACAUGUGUAAGUUAUUUAAAAGUUAGUCUUAAUCCAGUUGUCAUAUGUUAUGACUAAUAUUUAAUAUGAUGUCAGUAAUCAAUGUUUUCAAACAUCUUCCCUGUUUUUUUUUUUUUCAAAAUUAAAAUAAUGUAUUAGGAUUUUUAUACUCUUUAAAUUCAUGUAGUAAUGAAUGGGACAGUUAAAAUGGUCAUUUUUAAUGAUUACCAUACUUGAAAAAAAGACUAAUACAACAGCCUACACACUUACACAAUUUAUUGAAAUCUAAAUCCAGUAACUCACUGACUUACUUUGGACUUCUUCCAACAGACACUGCAAGACUGCAAGGCAGCAACCAUAUACAAAUCAAGUGCCAAUUAACAUAGACAGGCAGCAAAUUAAAGAAAAAACUACCAUAAAGCAAAUUAGAAAAGUGUUGGGCCACUAAGAGACAGAACAGCUACACCUUGGUAUAGAUACUACAACAAUACAGAAAUCUACUAGAGAAAUAAAACACUGUUCCUCCAAACAAUAUUUUCUUAUUGAUGAUAUUUUAAAAUAGUGUCUCCCAAAGUUGUUUAACAGGGUUGAGAUCUGGUGACUUCAAAGCCCAUAACCCGAAACCAAGAAAUGCAUAAUCUUAGUACUCCUUUAAUUCCUCCGCUUGUACUUUGUGGAUAGGGGCAUUAAGAGACCACUCACAUCAUGAUGUAAAUUUUACUUCAUAUUAAUCUAGUGAUUAGUCAAAAACAUUGUAUGAAAGUGCAACUAAACCAUGCCAUGCCCUCACAGCCUUACACAGCCUCUGGACCCACUUACUGCAGGGGUAGUAGGGGUGGUCUGUACUUUUUGGUGUACACGUCAUUUAAACCAUAAAUGGGCUCGCAUUGCAUUUUAUACUGCAAUAAAUAAAGCAUGAUUCCCUGGUAAUUGCUUUAUUGUAUUGUAUCUGUCUGCGAGCAUAUGUUUUCCGCAGAGGAUCUCUGGUUCACUUCCACUGUUGAGCCCUUAAGCAAGGCCCUCAACCCUCCAAAUGCUUGGAUUUUAUUGGGUCACAAUUGUUAGUGGCUUUGAGUAAAAGCAUUUGCUAAUGCCUUAAAUGUAUUUAUAUUUACAUUUUGUCUUUAAUUUGUCACCUGUCUGUAUUUAUGUCUUGUCGUGGUCUAGUUUGGAUGUGUGCAACACAAGGUUUAUUUUGUUAAAUAAACUACAAAAAAUUACAUGUCAGUUCCAAUCUUACACAAUAAA